AUGCUCCUGGACAGUGCCCACAUUGAUCGCUGCGUCCGCAGGCGGCCGCCGCUCAUUGGGCCGGGCGGCGGCGCCGCGGGCUCUGAUUGGCGCGGCCUCCGGCCUGCGCGCCUACGGAGAGGUGACCGCCCGGGCCGUGAGGCAGGGGACGAGGGGAGAGUAAGAGGUGCCUUCUGGUUCCCCUUGUGCCCGUGCCCCUGGGGCGUGACCCGGGCUGUGGGGUCCCCGGCUGGCGGCCGCCUGACUCCCAGGGUGGAGUGCUCUCCAGUCCCCAAGGGAUGGCAAAGUCGUCGUGCACUGGGGUGUGUGGGAGGGGUGGGGGGAGGGUGGCAUUUGAACUGGGCCUUGAAGGACAGACAAGAAUGUCAGCUGGCAGGGAGGGGGAGGGGGCGUGCUGGAGCCGGGGCUUCAUCUUGCCCUCCCCUGCCUUGCAGCUACUGCUACCAGUGCCAGAGCCAGGUUCCUCCUCGAAGCGGGCACUGCCCGGCCUGCAGGGUCUGCAUCCUUCAACGGGACCACCACUGCCUGCUGCUGGGGCGCUGUGUGGGCUUCAGCAAUUACCGGCCCUUCCUGUGCCUGCUGUUCCAUGGGGCGGGCAUCCUGCUGCACGUCACAGCCCUCCUGAGCCCGGCCCUGGGUGCCCUGCUGCGGGCCCACUCUCAGCUGCACGCCGUGGUGCUGCUGCUGCUGCCCUGGCUCAUGCUGCUGACUGGUGGCGUGUCCCUGGCCCAGUUCGCCCUGGCCUUCAUCGCGGACACGUGUGUGGCCGGCGCCCUGCUCUGUGGGGCUGGGCUGCUUUUCCAUGGGAUGCUGAUGCUGCGGGGCCAGACCACCCGGGAGUGGGCCCAUGGCCAGCGCCUCUAUGACCUGGGCCCCUGGCGGAACGUGCAGGCUGCCCUGGGCUCCCGCUGGGCCUUCGUGUGGCUCUGGCCCUUCCUGUCCUCCCCACUGCCUGGGGAUGGGAUCACUUUCCAAACCACAGACUGAGGAGGAGCCCUGAAGGGCAGCAUCGAAGGCUGCAGCCAGGCAACCCCCUCUGCCUCAGCUCUCCAGGUUUGGGAUCAAAUUCUCCAAUGCCCCCACCCAGCAGGUCCCUCCCAUCCCUUCUCCCUGCCUGGCCCUUGGAAUUUGUCUUCAUUGGGACACCCCUCCCCCCCCCACACCCCGCCCCGGCCACCGUGAUGAGGGUGGGCCUGCUGGGCCCAGCUGGGCCUGCCCCAUUUCCCACCACAAUAAAGUCUUGAUGUCCCUUGGG